GAGUCUGCUCAGCCUUCAGGCCCUCUGUGUGAUAAGCUCUCCAGGCUGGAGGAUCAGCUGGGGAACACAUGAGAGUCACAUGGUGCUUCAGUAAGAGAUUUUAGGAGAAUAGCGGGAUCUGGCCGUUUAAAGCGCAUAUACGCUGUGACGCGGCGCGGCGCGGCGAGAAGAUCCGGAGGAGCCGAUUCGCUGCUCUGACGGAAAAAGCCGAACUUGAGCGGACGUGUUCACGAAGGAGAGGGCCUCGCAACAACUUUUACAGACUCCAGCGGACUUCCUGCUCCAGCCCUCCUCCACGUUCUGCUCAGGAAUUCAUCCAGGACUGAAAGAAACGAGCAGCCAUGUCGUAUGGAAAGGCAGACUAUCGUUCUCCGCCGCGGGACUUCAGCAGUCUCAUUCAGACGUGUAGCUCUAACAUCCAGAAGAUCACGCAGAACACUGCUCAGAUUAAAAGCAUGGUGAACCAGCUGGGGACCAAACAAGACACCAGUGAACUGCAGGAUAAACUUCAGCAGGUGCAGCACUACACUAAUCAGCUGGCCAAAGAGACCAACAAACUUCUGAAAGAUCUGGGGGCUCUUCCUCUGCCUCAUUCUCCCUCUGAGCAGAGACAGCAGAAGAUCCAGAAAGACCGCCUGAUGAACGAUUUCUCCGCUGCUCUGAACAACUUCCAGGCAGUUCAGCGUCGUGCGGCAGAGAAAGAGAAGGAGUCUGUCGCCCGAGCAAGAGCCGGCUCUCGACUCUCUGUUGAAGAUGGAGGUCGUGAAGAGCAGCUCGUCUCGUUUGAUAAUGAUGGUUUUGGUCAGACUCUGACUCAGACAGAUGAAGCAGUGAUAACGGAGGAGGAUUUGGAGCUCAUUAAAGAGAGAGAGACCAACAUUCGGCAACUGGAGUCAGACAUCAUGGAUGUAAAUCAGAUAUUUAAGGACCUUGCAGUGAUGAUCCACGAUCAGGGGGAGAUGAUCGACAGUAUCGAGGCCAAUGUGGAGAGUGCGGAGGUGCAUGUGGAGAGAGGAACCGAGCAGCUCCAGAGAGCAGCGUAUUAUCAGCAAAAGUCCCGUAAGAAGAUGUGCAUCUUGGCCUUGGUGCUCUCCAUAGCGAUCACUGUCCUUGGCAUCAUCAUCUGGCUGGCUUCCAAAUGAGGAGAAACAUCUGCUUUUUUUCUUUUCUCUUUUUGCUUUUCAUGUCUUUAUUUAUUUGUUCCCUCUCCACACUGAGGCACAUCCUGAGGGGUUAGAGGUGUCAGUGCUUCCUUCCUGCAAGUGUUCAGAGACAGACGGAGCAGUGCUAAUGACUCUGAUAGAAACACGGAUUUCUGACAUUCCCAUAGAAACUCUGGUUAGAUUCUGUCUGCGUUAAAGUCAGGAAGAAGAUGAGUGUGAAGGGAUUUGCUUUCAGACAGUAAAAUGAUUUAAUUAAUAAUUCUAAUGUUUUGUUUUCUUCCCUGUUCUAUAUUUACUGCACUAACACUAACGUCAGUAUCAGGAAAAUGAUUUUUUAAGGAUUGCUUUGAAGUUGAAGUCUGUCACCAUGGAGACGGGAUAGAAGUGUUUCUUCCCGUUGUAAAGCUCUUUGGGCUGUUAGAUUUUGAGUGUUGUAAAAUGUGUACUUCUUCAUUUCAGAGCUAGUAACACUCCUAAAAGAUGGACUCACAUAUUGAGAUGAGCUUCAAAAACAAAAGUGUUUUUUCUUCGAGUGUGAAAGUGUCAGCAGUGUUGCUGUACAGCGGCGGUGAUGACGACUGACGAGUCCUCGGUUCUGUUUCUUUACCAUUUAUCCUGUAAACUCUUCUAUAUUGUGAUCAAGGCUGUAAAUGUGCUGUAAAAGCUCUGCAGGUAUAAACAAUAUGGAUCUGUUUAACUGUACACAGAUGAAGAACCAUAAAAACGCACCCUCACUUUUAAAGUAAGCAGAAUUGUCUUUGUUUUCUUUUUUUAAACACUGAGAACAGAAGUAAAGAAACAUCUCAAACGCG